AUGGGUGGUUCAAGCAGGGACUGGGACUCCAGGGCGCGCAGGUACAAGCGCUCGCGGGGGCCCAGCUGGUCCCAGGGCCCGAUGCCGGGGAUGGCGUUUGCCAAGCAGGGGCUCCGGUGGCGGCUGCUCGCGGAGGGCCACAGUGCCCACCUCCCCGCCUGGCAGCAGAGACGCGCCAUAGCGCUGGCCUUCAGACGCUGGUCCGAGGUGGCCCCCCUGUCGUUCCAGGAGGACUCCAGCUCUCCGGGGAACGAGAUUGAUAUCCGACUGGGAUUCGGCACAGGGCGUCACCUGGGCUGCCCCUGGCUGUUUGACGGGCCCGGUGGGGAGCUGGCACACACCGCCCAGCCAGGAGAGAUACAUCUGGAUGAUGACGAGCCCUUCAGCGUCUCCCCGUCCGAUCACGGGGUCAAUUUACUGCAGGUGGCACUGCAUGAGAUAGGUCACGUCCUGGGGCUACCUCACCUGUCCUCCCCUGACUCAGUGAUGAACCCUCUGUAUCCCACCACUGGGGGCAGUAUGGAGUUAGACUGGCAGGACAGGAGGGCCAUUCAGGAACUGUAUGGGAAGUGUGAGGGUCCCUUUGACACUGUGUUUGACUGGGUCAGGAAGGGAUGGAGUGGCCAGCAGGAGGAGCCAGUGAUCCAGUUCAGCACUUACUUCCUGCGCGGAGACCGAUAUUGGCUGUAUGACAAUCGCCAGGGGCGACCUCGACGGGGAGACCCAAGGAGUCUGGAGCAGGGCUGGAGGGGGCUGCCUACUGGUGGAGUAGAUGCUUACCUCCACAUCUGGACCACUGACAUAGACAGGGCCUACUUCUUCAAAGGCACCCAAUACUGGCGUUACAACAGGGACGCCGACCAGACUUUUAUCAAGGACGGUGAGGCUGAACGGUACCCACAAUGCAUCUCUGAGGGUUUUCCGGGCAUCGCCGGACCCCUGGACACUGCAGUAUUCCUCCAACAGCGUCGCCUCAUCUACUUUUUCAAGGGUCAUCAGGUGUGGGCGUACAAUGUGUCGCGUCAACUGACAUUGGAAGGGUUCCCUAAAAGUUUAGAGGAUGUAUUUCCAGCUCUGGUUCCAAAUGACCACCCCAAAGGCAACUUGGAUGCUGCAUACUACUCCUACUCCCAUCGUGCCUUGUUCCUGAUCAAAGGGUUGUACUGCUGGGAGGUGUCCACAGGGGGCGAUGGUGAGAAUGCCCUGCAGCCCCAGAGGAGAGUAGCAGAGCAGUGGCAGGACUUGUGUGACGUCCACCCCAGCUCUACGGUUGAUAGAUAA